AUGCCAUUGCACUACACCAUUACCACAGGGCAACGCCCAAGCACAAUCACCCCAAUAGUAUGUGGCACCCCCAACCGAAUUAUGGUCCUAAGCCCCAGAGCUAUACACGAUUCCUCAGAAGACCUGCCACCACUCUCACGCACAAGGCGCCAACCGUUAUACACACAGACA